AUGAGUACUUCAACGGUUAAUAAUCAAAGUUCUUUAAAUGAAGAGCUACAUAGAGAACAGCACAAAAAAUAUAUUACAGAUAUAUUUAAUCAGAAUGCAUUUACGCCAAUUAAAUUAAGCUCAGUUCUAGUAGAUGGUGGUGAACAAGUUAGGGAUGAUUUAUUACAGAAAUAUGUAGAUUCUACCUUAUCAAGAGCCACUAAUUUUAAGCAAUUAUGUAAUGAAUCUGAUAACUUAGCUAAAAAACUGGUGCAACAUGGAAUUGUGGAAGAUAUAUCUCAAAAUUUUACAACAAGAGGAUCUGUCAAAUACCCUCUUUUGAAGACACGUUAUCCAGCUCAAAUAUAUAGAAAUUCCGAUGUGCCAGAUGCUGUUUCUGUCGUUGAUAUUAUAUCACAUAUAAAAUUAAUUCCAUUAAAGAAGUUCAUGGCAAAAACAGGUACCAAUAUUGGUAAUGGUGAAGGGGAUGGUUACUUACAAUUUCAAUUUAGAAAUAUUUUUGGAGGUGGUGAACAAUUGAAAUUAGAUAUUACGAAGGGUACAGCAACUCAUUCUUCAUACCUCCUGUCUUAUACUCAACCUGUCACUCCAAAUUGGGUAUCCGAUUCAAUUGCAUACAAAAAUAGUAGACAAUUAGGCACAUCCAUAGAUAUGAUAGUAACUGGAUUGCGUAGUAGUGUUCGAGGUAACUUUGAUGAUUUUGAAAAGUUAAAACAAGAAUUUUAUCUAGAAGGGAUAUUGAGAAAGACAAAACUUACUGCUUCUAAUUGUUCAGAUUCAUUGCUUUUCCAGGCAGGUUCAGAUGCUAAGUUAACAAUCGGUCAUUCUAUUUCAUGGGAUACAAGAGAUGUGCCUGUCACUCCAAACAAAGGGAACCUUUUGAAAAUAAGUAACGAAUUGGCAUUAAAUCAAUACUUCAAAUCUCAAAUGGAAUUUUCUUCAUCAAAAAGUUGGUACCAAGAUAAUUUUUUUACUCUUAUGGGUACAUAUAAAUUUGGCUGGAUUACAAAAAUAGAUGACAAUGACAAACCACUGCAUAUUUCUGAUAAAUUUCAUCUUGGUGGUAGUAAUGACGUUCGUGGUUUCCAAUUGAUGGGAUUAGGUCCGAAACAAAUAAAUGAUGCAAUUGGUGGUGAUAUGUUCUCUGCAUAUGGUAUUAGUCUGUUCAGUAAAUUGCCAUUUAAAAAAUUCUCUGAUUCCAAUUUCAGACUUCAUGCCUUCUUUAAUGGUGGGAAGUUGGUUAACCAAAACACUAAUACAUUUGAUAGAAACUUACAGUCCUUGUUUAAAGAAAAUUCAUUAGCUAUAGGUACAGGUAUCAUAUUCAAACACCCCGUUGCAAGAUUUGAAUUGAAUUUUACAUUACCACUUACUUCAUAUUCUACAGACCAUGUUAGAAAAGGUUUUCAAUAUGGUAUCGGUAUGUCAUUUUUGUAG